GGACCUCGGGAAGGCGUCUGUGGUGCGGUUGUUUGAUCCGAAGCUCAGACAGAGUGUUUCUUUAAGUGCAUGUGUGGAGUUUUCCUGCACCGGGUGAAAGGAGGGGUUGGAGAGUGACGCUGGCUGCGCCUUGGUGCUGAGCGGAGCGCUCACCUGCAGAUGAGAGAGCCGGGGAAACUCGGGCCAGAGCUGCAGCACACUCACGGAGCGAGGAGGGACCUAACGAAGAUACUGAGCAAGAAGGGGGAUUUACACAAUUACUGGAGAAGAUUCGCGAAUCUAUCCUCUUUCUGGUUCCUCGUCCAGGCAGCCCUGGCUCGCUCGCUCGCCACGAUGAGAACUGACUUCGCUCUGGUCCUGACAGCAGCCCUUCUUUUUGACACACUCGGGAGGAAUAAUGGGGAGCAAGCUACCAAAGGUCCCUGCCGACCUGGCUUCUCACAAAGCUUCUACUCUGUGCUGAUUUCAAGGGAUGUACUUCAAGGCCAGGGCAUACUCAAAGAUACCCCGGUGUCGUCACAAAAAGUGAAGUUCGAUGACUGCAUGGGGAAUGAGGCUGUGGUUUUCCGGAGCAGUGAUCCAAUCUUCGGCGUGUGGACCGAUGGAUCCAUCUUUGCACAGGGAGAGGGAGCCAGCCUGGACGAACCAGUCCAGUUUAAACUAACAGCCGGGGGCCCCUCCACACAUGUGUGGGAGACAGUGAUCCAGCUGGCCCUAAUUGACCCACCGUUACCUCAACAAAAUGAGAAUGAGGUCAUAAAGGAAGAGGGGAAAGUUGCGGAGAGAAAAGAGAGGAAGGAGGCGUCACAAGCACCACCUCCUGUCAUCAUGUUCUCAGGCUCAGGCAGGAACAGCUCCAAGGGUCUAAGGAGACAGAAGAGGGACUGGGUGAUCCCACCAAUCAACGUGGCAGAAAAUUCUCGAGGACCGUUCCCUCAGAUGCUCGUCAGCAUUCGUUCAGAUCAAGACAAGGACAUAUCCAUCCGAUACAGCAUCACUGGGGUGGGAGCAGAUCAACCACCCAAUGAGGUGUUCAAUAUCGACCCCGUGCUGGGAAAGAUGUUCGUCACCAAACCCCUCGAUCGAGAACAUCGCUCUUCUUACCAUCUGCGAGCCCAUGCUGUAGACAUGAAUGGGAACCAGGUUGAGAACCCCAUCGAUCUGUACAUCUUCGUCAUCGACAUGAAUGACAACAGACCCGAGUUCAAAAACCAGGUGUACAAUGGCUCUGUGGAUGAAGGCUCUAAACCAGGAACGUAUGUGAUGCACGUGUCAGCGUUCGACCAUGACGACAACACCACGGCUAACGGAAUGGUGCGCUAUCGAAUCCUGUCCCAGACGCCGCACAGCCCCAUCCCGAACAUGUUCACUAUCAACAGUGAGACUGGAGAUAUCGUGACCGUGGCAGCUGGCCUCGAUCGAGAGAAAGUGUCCCAGUAUACCAUCAUCGUGCAAGCCACAGACAUGGAGGGAAAUCUAAACUUCGGCCUCUCCAACACAGCCACUGCCAUCAUCACUGUCACCGACAUCAACGACAACCCUCCCAUGCUGACCUCAAGAACUUUUUCCGGUGAGGUCCCGGAGAACCGAGUGGAUCUUGUGGUGGCUAAUCUGACGGUGAUAGAUGCUGACCAACCGCACUCCCCUAACUGGAACGCGAUCUACAGGAUCAUCAGUGGAGACCCAAACGGGCACUUCACUAUCCGCACCGACCCCGUCAGCAACGACGGCAUGGUCACCGUGGUGAAGCCAGUAGACUUUGAGAUGAACCGUGCCUUCAUGCUGACGGUGGUGGUGUCCAACCAGGCGCACCUAGCCAGUGGCAUCCAGUCCUCGCUCCAGUCCACAGCUGGGGUCACCAUAUCUGUGCAGGACGUCAACGAGCCCCCUUACUUCCCCACAAAUCCAAAACACAUCCGCUUCGAGGAGGGCGUCCCUGCAGGCACCAGCCUCACCACCUUCUCUGCCUCCGAUCCCGACCGACUGCAGAUGCAGCAGACAAUCAGGUAUUCCAAGCUGAAUGACCCUGCUGACUGGUUGUCCAUCAACAGAACCAACGGUCAGGUCGUAACCACAGCCAUGCUUGACCGGGAGUCUAUCUAUGUGAAUAACAACAUAUAUGAAGCAACAUUCCUGGCAACAGACAAUGGCUCUCCUGCAGCCAGCGGCACGGGCACUCUGCAGAUCUAUCUGAUAGAUAUUAAUGACAACCCCCCAGCACUCAUACCCAGGGAGUCUCAGAUCUGUGAGCGGGUGAACAAGAACGUCCACGGUGUCAACAUCACUGCUGCUGACGCCGACACAGAACCGAACGCUGGACCCUUUGUCUUCGAGCUGCCCAACUUCCCCGCCAGCAUCCGACGCAACUGGACCAUUUCUCGGAUCAGCGGUGACUACGCCCGUCUAGGCCUGCGGUACCAGAUAUAUUUAGAGCCGGGGGUGUAUGAGGUCCCUGUGAUCGUGUCGGACUCGGGGAACCCUCCGCGGUCCAACCGGUCGGUCAUCAAGGUGAAGGUGUGUCCCUGUGAUGAACACGGAGACUGCACCACCCUUGGUGCCGUGGCGGCCGCUGGCCUGGGAACGGGAGCCAUCAUCUCCAUCCUUAUCUGCAUCAUUAUACUGCUCAGCAUGGUGCUGUUGUUUGUGGUGUGGAUCAAGCGCAGAGAGAAGGAGAGGCACACCAAGCAGCUGCUUAUUGACCCUGAAGACGAUGUCAGGGACAACAUCCUAAAAUACGAUGAAGAGGGGGGAGGAGAGGAGGACCAGGACUAUGACCUGAGCCAGCUGCAGCAGCCUGACUCCUUGGAGCACAUCAUCAGCAAGCCGCCCGGCGUCCGCAGGGUGGAUGAACGUCCCAUCAUCCCCGAGUCCCAGUACCCAAUCAGACCUGUCGUGCCGCACCCUGGAGACAUCGGGGACUUCAUCCACGAGGGUCUGCGAGCAGCGGACAACGACCCCACAGCUCCUCCCUACGACUCCCUGCUGGUGUUCGACUACGAGGGCAGCGGCUCCACCGCCGGCUCCGUCAGCUCCCUCAACUCCUCCAGCACGGGGGACCAGGACUAUGACUACCUAAACGACUGGGGCCCUCGCUUCAAGAAGCUGGCCGACAUGUACGGAGGAGGCGACGAUGAUUAAAAAGUCACAUAUCAAACACACACGCACACACACACCCUCGUCCCGUCAGCUGGCCUGCCAUGCUCUGUCUCUACAACACAUGGAGCUAUUACACCCUUACUGAACACGAGUUAACAAUGACAUCCAACCAACCAAUCCAGAUUACCAACCACAGAGGACCGGUGUCAGGACUCAGUUUCCGGGCUCUUCUAAACCGUCUCCUGCUCUCAGCCUGCAGCAGGAGCUCUGACUUGCAGGAUCUGCGUAGUUUGUAUUUUCAAAUGCUUGUGCUUUCUUUUCUUCAAAGGUUUUGUGCCAGAUAUAGAUUUUUAGUUUUGGGUAGUCAGAUUUUGUUUUCUCUUUAGUUUGUGCGGCUUUAUUUGUCCCCACUCCCCUUUGAUUCGGGCGGCUCUGUACUCCUGAGGGUUUUCACUUCUCCCUCAGUCAGCCCCCGCCUGCCGCUCUGCAGAAGCUUUAGGUUGAGCUGCGUGCUUUGUCUGAGGGGGGAAAAAAGAAGAACACAGAUAUGAAAGUCCUUUGUGCACGGAGGGUCCUGGUUUAUUCUUUCUUGAACUUGAAUUACUUAGAACAGAAGCACUGUUGUUUAAAAAGUGCCUUCAGUGGUGCGCAUAUUCUAGCAGACUCCCGCUAACUCAGGAUUGGUUGCCAUUUUCUGGGCUCACAUGCCCCCAUAUGACCCCUGACCCUUUAACGCGGACCUUCCCUUGUCAUUCUCAUCGUCCUGCAGCGCUGUGGUAGCUGCAGGAGGUGUCAGUGUCAGUUUCAGAGGAGAGUUGACAGGCCUCUGAGGGCGCUUUAUGUAGACGUGCUGCACGUAGGCCUACAGUGUGUCUGUCAGUUUUUGGACGAUUCAUUAACUCUUCAAGUGAGGCAUAUCUGUGCUCCUAGAUCAAAGCCAACUUGAAUGUGAUUCCCGAAAUCACAGAAAUACUUCAUGGGACUGUCUUAGAGAAGAAAUGCAUUGCUUGUCUUUGUUUAUCGUGGCUUCAAUAGCAGCUGUGUUUGUUUUGAGCGCUCAGUAUUUGCACAAAACUCGAUAAGGCUUGUAACUGAACUUUGAAGAUUGACAUGUCACGUGUGUUACCUCUCUAAUGUUGUUGUAUAUGAAUGAGGGUUAUUUAAAGAGAGUUUGCCUUCAAGAUCAUUCAAGUUUUGCAUGUUUGUCCCUUUGCCCAAAGGUAAUUAACAUGGCACCAGUUGUUGUGUGGUAAAUGUGUCAAAGAAAACUAUUUAAACUGUACAAACAUGAGGGGAAAAGACAAACAAUGUGACUCCAAACAGCUCUGAAAGCAUUACAUGAAGAAUCGUGAGCUUGUACGAGCCCCAUUCUGAGAUCCCUUUCUCUCUUUCAUUUCUUUUCUCUUUUGUUGAUUCACUGUUGUUUUUUCAGAAAACUUUUAAUAUACAGACUUUGGUGUUGGUCCAUGUCGCAGAAACUGAGAAAAUUGAGCCUCAGCCAGGGAAUUAGCGCUCACAAUCUGUAUCCGUUCAGGCAGCGUUUCAUUCAUCGGAAACUUUCUCUUGAAUUUUUUGGCUCCAAGUUCAAGAGGUUUUCAAAAGAAGUUAGAGGAAGGAAAAGUCUGUUACGAAGUUGUGCAUAUUAUGAAAGCAUGCACGCAAAACUCAAGCUUCAGUAACAGCUCAAAAAGACAGUGUGGUUGUGACUUUAAAAUUGAAAAUGCAGCACUACCCAUGGGCGUUUGUAAUCCCAUUUCAGACCCCCCAGAAUUGCAUACAGAGAACUGAAAAGAAAGCACUUUAGUCUUUGUAUUAAAUUAUUUAAAUAUGCAAAACAUUCGGAAGAACGGACCAGGGAGAUGCUGCUGAUGAUAGAAAGGUUAAAUCAUUCCUUAUCGUGUGAGUGUUCGAUGAAAGGUGUUUCAGCUGAUUGACCGGGUCUUCUAUUAAUUAUGAAUCUGAUGAACGCUUGAAUGAAGUCUCAGUAAUGACGAUGUGCUUCAGAAGAGGCUCUUUAGGCUGAUUUGUAUGUGUUACCUGCUCCUGGCUCCUAUGAAUGGCUGUAGAUAAAUACAAUCUUUCCCAAAUGGUAAAACAAAAUGUUACUUUAUGUUCAAGGUAGGUGGAAAGGAAUUCCCUUGACAAGAUGUUCAUGCAAAUAUUCAUAAUACCAUUAGAGUUCACACCAGAAUUAAAUAAGGAUGAGAUUUGACUAUGAAGAAGGGAACAAAGGUCAAAGUGUAAUUAAAGAGAUUAACAGGGUAUAAAUGUCUUGAUUUAGAUGAAUUCAUAAAUGGGUUCAAAUUGCACCUUAAGGUGUAGACAUCAACAGCGGCGGUGUUCAGGAUAGCUGGAAACACAGAAGACACAAGAGACAGAGUGGUUUCCACAGCCUGCUGCUGGAUAAGCUCAUCUUUGCGAUUGCUCCUCAGCCUAUAGAAUAUCUCUACAAAAUAAACACAGCUGUUACUUUCUGCUAUUUGUGAUUAUUUCCGACAUAUAAAUGUUGUAUAUACAGAACAUUUUUAUACAUUUGGUCACCUGAUUUAUCUGUUGUCUUUGCAUUUGAUUUCCAAAUUUUGUUUUAAAUGAAUUCUUGGCAUACUUCACCACAAAAAGCCAUGUGCAUUUAAGAGAAUCUGUGCGGUUCUGUAUGAGCUUUCAGCCAUACCUGCAUCGCUGUUCCAGUUUAGCUUCACCACUUCAGACCAACUUGUACAGGCUAUAAUAGCACACACUCACUCCUCUAGGCCUUACUGUAUAUAUGUGAGUGUUCAAUACUACAUGAGCUCUUUCAGCAACGUUAUAAGUCAGUUUCAGAGCUCCAACAUUGCUGAAGGCCAUCCAGUGUUCACAGAAUAAAGGCGGGCUUGAUGAAAUGCUCGUGCUUUCUAAAGGACGUAAAUAUGGGGUUCAGGGCCAACGAAGCAGGAGGCGGCCCACACACCCACACACUUUACACAAGGUAGCUUUUGUAACUGUGUCAUACAUACAAACAUAGGUGACACAAUGCCAUUAUGAUGCUGAAUGUUAUCAAAGACUCCCAUUGACAAGUGGCAGUGAAUCAUCAGGCGGUCACAUUUGACCUCUGUUUGAUGUGGAGAAAUGAAGGAAGAUUGAUCAUUACUUGUUACAGACUCGGUCCUCUUGUAUUAUUGACGUUCUUUUGCUUAAGUUUCGGGGGAAUUAGCAAACGAUAGGUGGACGGAAGAACUAUUGCACUGCUGUUUUCUGGCUGUGUCCAUGUUGGCUCUUCUGCCUCUGACUGGGGUUAGUUAAAGGACACUUGUUCUCACUGGGACACUGCCUGACCGAGGACACAUGAAGGGAGGCUCCUGCAGAAGCAAGACGUCUGCUCUGCUCAAACCAGAACUACACAUACAGACAGGUAGCAGUGUUUCAUACGAGUUCUCCCAAUACUGCUCAAGUCCAAGUGUACAUAAUGUAGUAUUUGCUUCAAGCUAAACAGACCAAGUUAGGCAAACUGUACCUGUACAAUUGGAGCUUUUUGCAUGUGUCUUUUUAUAAUGGACAGAUGAGUUCUAUCACAGUAACCAUACAACAUUUUAAAAUCUGUUGCAGCCCGCAUGACCGAGGCUGCAGCCCAGAAGGGAUUCUGGUGUACCAUACUCACAGAGUUUCAAAUCGAGAAAAAAAAAAGCUGAAAAAAUGAUUGCACAGUUAUCGAGUUAAACUACUUUUUUUGUAAAUUGUCAACAGCACAAAUAUUUUGUAUUGUUGUUUGUACCAUUUUGUAAGAAAAUGAAAAAGAAAGAAAAAAAUAGGGAAAGAGUCUGUUGUUUUGAGCGUGUGUUUAUAGUGCCACUGCAAUCUUGGUUUCCAAAUACCGUACAGUAAAUGCGCAGCCUUGCAGAUCAACCUUGUAAUAUACAGUAGAAGCUGAGCUGGAGACCCCCUGUCAGCACCAUGUGUUAUAAAUAAAAUGUCCCCUCCUUAUAAGAA